CAUAGUAUAUAUAGACCACGCGACGUGUCAUUGAUCACACGUCAACUUCCAAAAUGGGUCUAAAGAACCUUGUGGUGUUCGCUGCCUUCUUAUUGUGUUUGGAGCUAUGCAGAGUGCAUGGUCAAGCAGCCCGCGUUGAGUACCUCAACCCACCGAAUCCGUCGACAGUAACUACAACCAUUCAGGCGUUGCCAGGAUCACCGUAUUACAUGCAAGAGUCUAUCCCUAUCACACCUAGUUACAACCCUGGCUAUCCUACCGUCGCACCCAGCUUCGCCCCCAGCUUUCCUGGACCAAUGGCUCCCAUCAUUAUUGACGACGAUGAUGAUGACAACUGGCAUCACAUUCUUUAUUACCUUAUCUUCGCUAUGAGAAAUAGGAGAGGUGGUUGCGGCUGCGGAGGUGCAUGCAACGGUGGAUGCAACAGCGGUUAUGGGGGCGGAUGUGGUGGCAAUUGCAACGGCGGAUGUGGCGCAGGAUACAACAAUGGUUAUGGUGGUGUUGGAUUAAAUAAUGGAUGUGGAUGCGGGAACAGUUGUGGUGGAAACUGUGGAGUAUACGACCUUGGAUUCAGUGGAAAUAAUGGAUGCGGGUGUUCUUCUUACAUUCCCUACCCUAUCCCUUACCCCUUGGCCAGCCCCUUCCCAUUUGGCUUCCCAGGUUUUGGAGGAUUCUCAGAUAACCCUUUCCCUAACUCUGAUGAACCCUCCCCCAGCCAACCAAGCCAGAAUCCCAAUGAAAUAACUGUCUUGUUUAGGACUGAUUGUAAUUGUAAUUAAACGCAAUGAACAAUGGAUCAUAAAUAUUGUGAUUGGUAAAUAAAUGAGUAUUUAAAUA